CUCUGUUUUCUGCAGGACAAGAACAAGCUGAUGGAUGCUCUGAAGCAUGCGUCCAACAUGCUGGGUGAGCUGAGGACCUCAAUGCUUUCUCCAAAGAGCUACUAUGAGCUCUAUAUGGCUAUCUCUGAUGAACUCCACUACCUAGAAGUGUACCUGACUGAUGAGUUUGCCAAGGGACGGAAGGUGGCAGAUCUCUAUGAGCUGGUCCAAUAUGCAGGCAACAUCAUCCCCAGACUAUAUCUGCUAAUCACAGUGGGUGUGGUGUACGUUCGCUCCUUCCCCCAAUCUCGUAAGGACAUUCUGAAGGACCUGGUCGAGAUGUGUCGUGGUGUCCAGCACCCACUCAGGGGCCUCUUCCUUAGAAACUACCUGCUGCAGUGCACCCGCAACAUACUGCCAGAUGACGGAGAGCAGUCAGA